AUGGACCGAAACGGGGAAGAACAAGCAGCUUCGACAGCAUUUUCCAACACCACCAGCUCAGUGUUUUAUUGCUCGACACACGGACCAGGUGUGGCGUUCGACCUACAAGACACAACUUCUCCUUGGAUUUUUGCCGCUUUUGCAGCUAUAACCGCUCCCAUCGCAUUUCUCUUGAACACAUUAACAAUCUUAGCAGUAAAGCAAACGAUGGAACUGCGGCAGAGACUUUCCUAUAUCCUUCUUUCAAGUAUGGCAGUUGCAGACCUUCUUAUAGGUGGUAUUGGUGUCCCUUUAACUGCUGUAGUUGCCUUGUUACUUCCCUAUCGAAUAGUGGCUGUCCAGCGUUUUUGUUUGAUGGACUUGGUACCUUCAAUGCUGAUGUUCGGUUUAUCGUUUUGCUCGCUCAUCCAUCUGACAAUGAUUGCGUGGGAGCGGUACAUAGCCAUUCGAAAAUGGAGUGAUUACAAAUCUAUAGUGACUAGAAGCCGCUUGAAAAGGAUGGUAAUUUUAGCUUGGGGUAUAGUGCUCGUAGGUGAAUUUUGUCUAUUCGUCGUUAUGCCAAUAGCUGUUGGCAAGGAUAAAACGGCCCUGGCUCUAGCGGUAAUCAUCCUUGUCACCGGUAGCGCCUGUGUUUUAGCUGGUAUCCUAGUUCUGAUUGUGGCUUUUUAUAUCAUGAUCUACCUUGGAGUUCGCAAACGCAAGCUAAAUCAGAUUCUCCAAGUCAACGUAUUGAUACAAGCAAAACUCGAAAACAGAAUUGCUGUGACGACUGCUUUGGUUACGAUUCCUCUGAUUCUUUCUUUCGUCCCUGGUGUGAUUGUCGGUAUACUGGGACGAGUUUAUCCAGUCCUUCGUACGCGUUUUGCGUGGCGUAUAUCGGACUCGUUUCUUUAUUUAAAUUCUUUAGUUAAUCCUUUAAUUUACUGCUUUAGAGAUCCCCGUUUUAAGAAAGCAGUGCUCGAGAUGUUGAGGAUCAGAAAACCAACAGUUGUUACAACAGAAGAGGUGAGAUUCGUAAAACAAAACAAUUUACUUGGUCCAGAGUACGUGGGGAGAGAGAAAGCAGACAAUCCGGUUCGUUUAGCAAGGUCUCAAUCCUGUAAUUUAGCCCUGUUUAGCUUAGAUCGAGCUCAUCUUAGGUCACUGGGCACGUCGCUAAAAAGACCCAUAUCAGCGCCGUCGCUUCCUAAAGAUAGUAGUUCAGCGAAUGCAAAGGUACAAAAGGUAAAAACUGACUGGCCUAUUUGUUAGCCAACAACUGCAUCCUGUGAUUUAGCUUGUGAUUUAAUGUAAUUUACUUUCCGGGACGGCCUUAUUUUAAGGGCAUAAACAGAUAUUUUUGAUUGAGUCAGUGUCUUUUUUUAUGCACCCAAACAAUCUAUAGUAUGAAUAAAUCAUGAAGAACGCAAAUACUUGUUUACUAUCAAUCAACUGAUUGUUGCCAUAACUAAAAUUGGCGAAAGUUUGUAGGGAGACGAUAUGACAACGUUUUCAUGGCCACUUAAAGAGUACAAGAGGAAAAAUUCAUUAUACUGCAGAUUUAGCCGCUAGUUUGCCAAAACCUGUCGAUUCGGAAUCAGCCGUUUUAAUAUGAAGCAAUCCACUCUCAUUUAGAGCUAUUAUAUUAUCUGUAUGAAUAUACGCGAAUCAUUUAUAAAGCAAUUUUCCGGCCCAAGUCCAAAGUGGACAAAAUACUAUGUUCAUGUGCAGUCAAAGACAUCUUUUGGUGGUACUUUCGCGUAGUAAGAUUAGUAAGUUUUUAAUUAGUUUACUUGCAGAAAAAUGAUUAACAAAACACUGACGAUUUCUGACAAUUCAAAAACGAGCAAUAUGGUAAAUAAUUUCAUAACAAUAAUAACUGACAACUCUUUGGAACGUAGCUAGGAUUUUCCGGUGUUAUUGCGUAUUAAUAUACCGUAUACGAUAAUUAGCUGAAUUAUAAUCGAUGUAAUCUACACAGUGGCAAUUCACCACGAUGCGUUUAUCACGCUGUACAUGAGUGAAAUGAUUUUUAAUAGACCAAAUUCGAUACAUUAAAAUUCAUACCUGGCCCCGAGGCUUGGGGAAAUAAAACAAAAGAAAUCAUCUUGAGGCUCAGCAAUGAAUAACAUAUUUAACAUUUUGUUUUAUACCCCAAACCUUAGAGCCAAGUAUGAAUUUCAAUAUAUCGAUGGCUAGUAUCAGUGCAAUGAGCGUUCCAAUUCGGCGGUGAUGUUCUCUGGCGCCUUUUUAUUGUGCCUUGAUCAGUUUUAUUUUGCAUUUUUUUCGUAAAUGUUUCUUUAUUCUUUUCCUUCCCUUCAAAAAUAAAGCCUUUAGGUAUAUGUGGCCAUUUAUUUCGAAUCAUUUGCAGCUUAGCAGCUGUUCUGCUUUCUUAUGGUACUUGAAUCUGGUUGUUUUCGUCAGUAAAAUUACGUACUGAGCCAAACAUAGAAGGAAUGACGCACUCUAGGGCUUGAGAUAAAUUUAGAAUGAAUAAAAAGGGAAAAAUACUAAAUCGUGAAAGAGGAAAAGCAUAAGUACAAGAUCAACUGAAAAAAAGAAUAUCAGCUGAUAGUUCUUGCCCUUUUCACAUGCACUGCAGUGGCGGAUCCAGGGGAGGGGCCCGGGUCCUAAUUCUUAGACCAAACUGAGGCCCAAAGAUGCGAAAACAAUAUUUUUGGAGACCGGGCCCGCCAUUAUCUCAGAGUCUAGAUGACCGCCCCCCCCCCCCCCCCCCCCCCCCCCCACCACCCGGAGCGUCCCCCCCCUCCCUAUCUAAAAAAUCUUCCCACCCACACACACAAACAAACCAUAUCACACAGACAACUAAAACCAACACUGAAAACAAAAAAAACAAACCACAGCAGGAGAAACACCCUAAAACAAAAAAAAAAAAAAAAACAAAAAAAAAAAAAUAGCGCUGGAGUUCUUGGCCCUUUUCCACGCGCUGGGGGGGGGGGGCCCGGGGGGGGGCCCGGGGCCUAAUUUUUAAACCAAAAAGAGGGCCAAAAGAGGGAAAAAAAAAUUUUUGGGGCCCGGGCCCCCCCAUUUUCCCGGGUCUCAAUGACCCCCCCCCCCCCCCCCCCCCUUCUGAAGACCUGAGGUUCGCGAGCUUCAUUUCUUAAAAUCAUAAUUCCUCAACAUAAGCCACAAAAUCACGCUUUUCUGAAAAUGUAACGCUUACUGAGGUACAAAGAAAAAAAACCGUUGGGCGGACAAGACCCAUCUGGAGGUGACGUUUUCAAAAAUCCGGCUAGAAAUAAAUAAUGAAGAAUAAUAAUAAGAAAAACGCUCUUUGGAGCUACGAUUUUCGGGCGACAGUGUUUAUCAUGCCGUUAAAGAUAAAUUCUUGGCUGCAGUAAGAAUAUUCAAAUGUAAUUUUCUACUGUCAUUUUUCGUUUAAAUUUUUAAGUGAUUCGUUUCCUCCAUUCAACAGCAAAGGUGUUGGGUGUGUGGAAAUUAUUUUAACAUUUGAAUCGAUCCGUUGCAGCGUGGCAGCUGUUGUUUCCUAAGCUCUUAAAACCUAGUUGUUUUCUUACAAUUGAGAAGCGACAGAAACGUCAAAUGUCUCAACUUCGGCACUGAGACAGAAAUACCAUGAAUACAGGAGAAAUACUGAAUCGCGAAAGAGGAAAAGCGUAAGAAGUUGCUUUAGUGUAAACUGAACAACUCAGUGACCAGAGGUAUCAGCCCAGUGAAGAUGAUUUACUUCGAAGUAAAGAGGAGUAAUCAAUCAGCAAGACCUGACUUAGUCCACGAGCUUAUUUCUUAGCAUCUUUCCUGAGCAAAAGCCGUAAAAUCACGGUUUUAUGAGAAUGUAACGCUUACUGAGAUACAAAGUCUUGAGGGAGCUCGAACUGGGAAUAGGCCUUUUCAUCGAAACCCGACCAAGGAACAACAGUUAUCAUAAUGGCGCGAAACGGGGAAGAACAAGGAGCCUCGAACUUUUCCAACAACACGAAGUCAGUAACUUCUUGCUCGACAAACGGACUAAUUGAGGGUAUUGACGUAUAUGACAUCACUUCUCCUUGGAUUCAGGCGGCCUUUGCAUCUAUAACCGCUCCCAUUGCAUUUCUUUUGAACGCAAUGAUAAUCCUAGCAGUAAAGCAAAGGAGGGAACUGCAGAGACUUUCCAAUAUCCUCAUAACAAGUAUGGCAGUUGCGGACCUUCUCAUAGGUGGUAUAGGCGUCCCGUUAUCUGUUUUAGUUGGACUAUUACUUCCCUAUCAAAUACUGACAGUCCAGCAUUAUUGUUUGAUAAACUUGGUUGCUUAUAUGCUGAUGUGCAGUUCGUCAUUUUGCUCUCUUAUCCAUCUGACAAUGAUUGCAUGGGAGCGGUACAUAGCUAUACGAAGAUGGGCCGAUUACAAAACUAUAGUGACUAGAAGCCGCCUAAAAAAGAUGGCGAUAGUAGCAUGGGUUAUAGCGGUAGUAGCUCAAUGCUUUCAAUAUGUCAUCAGGGAAAUAAUGACGGCAUUGGUUGGAGAGGAUACAACGACUCUGGCUUUAGCCAACACCAUCCUUAGCAUCGGUUGGGGUGUUUUGAUAGCGUGUAUCCUAGUUCUGAUUGUGUUUUUUUACAUUAUGAUCUACCUUGGGGUUCGCAAACGCAAGUUAAAUCAAAUUCACCAAGUCAAGGCGUUGAUACAAGCAAAACUCGAAAACAGAGUUGCAAUGACGACUGCUGUGGUUACCAUAGCCCUGAUUCUUUCUUUCUUCCCGGGUGUGAUUGUCAUCAUAUUGGAAGAAUUUUAUCCAGCCCUUCAUACACGCUUUGCCUGGAAGUUAUCGGAUUCACUUCUCAAAAUUUUUAAAUUCUUUAGUUAAUCCUUUAAGUUACUGCUACAGAGACCGCCGUUUUAGGAACGCUGUGCUCGAGAUGCUACGGAUAAGAACACCAACAACUGUCAGUGCAACAGAGGCGGUGAAAUUCGUCAAACGAAAAAAUUCACUUGAUCCAGGGAACGUAAGUUUACAGAAAAAAGAAGAAAACCCUGUUCGUUUAGCAAGAUCUGCGUCCUGUGAUUUAGUCCUGUUUAGCUUCAAUCAAACCUUUAACAAGUCUCGCAACGCGUCGCUCAAACGAACCAUGUCAGCUCCGUCGCUUCCAAAAGACUAUAAUUCAGCCAAUGUAAAGAUACAAAAGGUAGAGAACUGGCCUAUUUGUUUGCCAAGAUCUGCAUCCUGUGAUUGAGACCCGUUCAACUUCAACCCGUUCAACGCGUCGCUCAAAAGAACCAUGCCAGCUCUCUCUCUCCCUUACUGACUGACACGUGUACAAGUACAGUGAUCCAUAGAAUAUUAAAAGUGUUCGAAACGGAGAUGCGAGAAACAUGACGAUCAAAAACAGUAUCCCCCACCAAAAAUAAUGAUUAAAAAUAACAAAUAACAACUUAGUAGUUAAAAGAAAUUACGUAGCACUCGGCGGCGAUAUCGGCUGGAUAAUGACUUUGGCAUACUCAGAGAGCCACAUUCGCGCAUUUGUGCUUUUGUGUUUUCACGUUAAUUUCUUGGCAACUGAGUCAAUCAGAUUUCCUGGAAUAACAGCCGUCCCUUUAUCAAUGCCCUCCCCACCCCUCUCGCCAUCUUCUCUUUCUUUUAUCCCCUCCCUGUCAAGUUGAGAGUGGAAUCCGAUCCAGCAAAACUGACCAGUGACGAUUCAAGCUCUGAUACCGAGGAUAUUGACAUUGAAAAUUUAUCAAGUAACCAAAUUUGGAACACUUAA